AUGACCACACGUCUGGAUGCCGCAAUUCUGCCCAGAAAUGAAACUGAUCGCUUGGCGCUGCUGGACUUCAAAGACAGGAUAACUCAAGAUCCUCUCAAUGUCAUGAGCUCGUGGAACGAUUCCACUGAUUUCUGCAGUUGGGUUGGAGUUACAUGCAACCCUUCCACCAAAAAAGUUUCGAUUUUGAAACUCAACUCCAGAGAACUCGCAGGCUCUAUACCAGCUUCUAUAGGAAACCUCACCUACCUGACAGCAAUCAACCUAACAAACAACGACUUCCAUGGUGAAAUUCCUCAAGAAAUCGGUCGUCUACGAAGCCUGCAAUAUCUCAACCUAUCUGGAAAUUCAUUCAGAGGGAAGCUUCCGGCUAAUAUAUCUCACUGUAUGGAGCUAAGCGUGCUCGAUGUGAGCUCCAAUGAGCUUAUCGGGUCAAUUCCGAACGAAUUCAGUUCCUUGUUGAAAUUGACUUACCUUUGGCUUGCUCUCACCCUAAACCAACUGCAAGGCGAGCUACCUCCAAAUGUCGGUACUACUCUUCCAAAUCUUGAAGUGUUUUACGGUCAUUCAAACAAAUUCGCUGGUAAUUUUCCUAGCUCGUUAUCAAAUGCUUCUAGACUUUCGGGUAUUGAUUUUUCUACCAAUGUCUUCACUGGGACAAUCCCUGCAAGUUUUGGGAACUUGAAAAACUUAGUUAAACUAAACUUAGCUGGCAAUUUACUAGGAAGUGGGAAAACUGGUGACCUGAAUUUUCUUAGCUCCUUGGCCAAUUGUACCAUCUUGGAGGUUUUGGGUGUUUCCAAUAAUCAUUUUGGAGGAGAAUUGCCAAGAUCCAUAGACAACCUUUCUACCAGUCUUCAAAUUCUUGCUGUAGGUGGCACUUCGAUACAUGGAAGCAUCCCUAUUGGCAUUGGAAAUCUUAUAAACUUGACAGUUUUGGGAGCGGAAAAUAGCUUUUUGAGUGGAGCCAUACCUAGAGAGCUUAUUGGGCUCUCGUCCCUUUCAAUCUAUUUGGGCCUGGCUAACAACCAGUUAACUGGUGCACUGCCACAGGAAGUAGGUAAUUUGGCCAAUCUCGCGGAGCUAAAUGUAUCAGGAAAUCAGUUAUCAGGUGAUAUUCCAAGUGCCCUAGGCGAUUGUAUUAUGCUGGAGCACCUACGCUUGGCAGAUAACAAUUUUGAAGGAACAAUUCCUCAAUCUCUUAAAAGUUUAAGAAGCUUGGAAGAGAUGGAUAUUUCGAGCAAUAACUUUUCUGGGCAAAUUUCUGAAUUUAUAGGCAAGUUAAAAUUUCUCAAGAAUCUCAAUGUUUCUAAUAAUAAUUUCGAGGGUGAACUGCCUAAAGAAGGGAUUUUUCUAAAUGCAAGUGGUCUCUCAAUUCUCGAAAAUAGUGGGCUUUGUGGUGGCAUCCCACAAUUAAGUCUACCUCCAUGCUCCAACUCAAAGGCUCAUUCAUCUCGAAAAUUGCUUGCCCCAAAAGUAGUCAUCCCUGUAGCUUGUGCACUUGCAUUCAUAAUUGCUCUGUCAUGCUUCGUUGUUGCUCGUUCAAGACGUAAACUUGUAACUUCACCUUCCCAUAAGGAUUGGAAAAGGGGUGUCUCUUACUCGGAACUUGUUGAAUCAACUAAUGGGUUCUCCAUGGACAAUCUUAUUGUUACGGGAAGUUUUGGUUCAGUUUACAAAGGCAUAAUCCCUAGUGAUGGAACUGUAGUUGCAGUUAAGGUAUUGAACCUUCAACAAGAAGGAGCUUCCAGGAGUUUCAUCCGUGAAUGUAAUGCUUUAAGAAGUAUAAGGCAUUGUAAUCUUCUCAAGAUCAUAACUACCUGCUCAAGCACUGACAAUCGGGGCAAUGACUUCAAAAGUUUAGUUUUUAAGUACAUGGUAAAUGGAAGUCUUGAUGCGUGGCUGCAUCCAAUAGAUGAGCACUCUCAGAGUAAGAGAUUGAGCCUCAUACAAAGACUCAAUAUUGCAAUUGAUAUUGCUUCAGCAUUGGAUUACCUCCACCACCGUUGCAAUACGUCGAUUGUUCAUUGUGAUCUAAAGCCUAGUAAUGUUCUACUUGAUGAAGAUAUGGUGGCUCAUGUUGCUGACUUUGGUUUAGCAAGGUUCCUCUUGGAAGCGACGGAUAACCCCUCUCAAAGUCAAACCAUGUCAGCUAGGCUAAAGGGUUCCAUUGGCUACAUUCCUCCAGAGUAUGGCAUGGGAGGUGAAGUAUCCAUACUAGGAGAUGUUUAUAGCUUUGGGAUACUGUUGCUAGAAAUGUUCACGGGAAAAAGACCUACCGAUGGAAUGCUUGGAGAUGGUAUAAAUAUUCGCAAUUUCACAGCCUUGGCAAUGCCUGAUCAUGCCAUGGACAUAGUUGACCCUUCAUUGCUCAUUGAAGGAGAAGAUGCAGAUGCUAAUGAUGCCAGACACGAAGAUGAGGUACAAGAAGAACCUACCACAAAUCGCCAUGACCAUGGCCUUGUACAAGGAAGAAAAUUGGAGGAAGGUUUGGUUUCAGUGAUGCAGAAUUUCAUAGCCAUGGGGAUGCCUGAUGAUACCAUGGACAUAGUUGAUCCUUCAUUGCUCAUUGAAGGAGAAGAUGCAGAUGCUAAUGAUGACAAAUAUAAAAAUGAGAUACAAGAAAGACCUAUUACAAAUCGUUAUGACCGCAGCCGAGUCCAAGGAAGAAAAUUGGAGGAAUGUUUGGUUUUAGUGAUGCAGAUAGGACUCGCAUGCUCUGCAAUAUCCCUGGGAGAGCAGAUGCAUAUGAAUGUUGUUGUCAACAAAAUGAAGGCAAUUAGAGACUCAUUUAUGAAAUUAUGA